UUUGAUCAGUUGAUCGGUUUGACCCCGAUAUAAAUAUAUUUCUACUCGUUACUCUCAGUAUACAAGUAACUGUGCAACGGUGGACAGUACAAAAUGGGAGAUAGCGGUCCAGGUUAUGCAAGCCCUUUGGAUGCCAUGAAGGGCCCUAGAGAGGAAAUUUUGUAUGUAACUUGCGUACAACCUAACCAAGGCAAAGGAAAAACUGAUCUUUUAGCAACUGUUGACGUUAACCCGGAAUCACCAACAUAUUGUCAAAUAAUUCAUCGAUUGAGAACUGGAAAUGAAGAUGAUGAACUGCACCAUAGCGGGUGGAACAUAUGUUCUAGCUGCUAUGCACCCAAAGGGUGCUGCAAUGUGCAGAAAAGGGACAAACUUGUUCUGCCAGCCCUUGGAUCUGAUAGAAUUUAUAUCGUAGAAACGGGGAAAAAUCCUAGGGCACCUGAAAUACACAAGGUAAUAGAUUCAUCAGAAUUGGUGAAUCUGGAUUGUCGCACUCCUCAUACGACUCACUGCUUAGCAAGCGGUGAAAUAAUGAUUUCUGUCAUGGGAGACAAAGAAGACAACGGCAAAAGCGAUUACAUUUUAAUAGAUGGAAAAACAUAUAAAACGAAAGGAACAUGGGUUCAGGGAAAAUCGGCCAAUUUCAACUAUGAUUUCUGGUACCAGCCUUAUUUUGACAUUAUGGUGUCUUCGGAAUGGGGUGCUCCAAGGGUUUUCAAGACCGGUUUCAAACCUGAACACACGAAAGACCCAAAUGCGUACGGACAAAAUAUAAAUUUUUACUCGUGGAGUAAACGUGAGCUCAUCCAAACUAUUGACCUGGGGGAAGACGGACUGGCACCACUAGAGAUCCGUUUUCUACACAAUCCCAAAGAGAGUCAGGGAUACGUAGGAUGCUCAGUAAAUGCAAACGUAUUCAGAUUUUAUCUGAAACCUGAUGGCACUUGGGCAGCGGACAAAGUAAUUGACAUCCCGCCGAAAAAGGUGUCCGGUUGGAUCGGGGAUUAUAUUCAAGGAAUGAUAACUGAUAUUCUUUUGUCAAUGGACGACAAAUAUCUCUAUUUGUCAAAUUGGCUUCAUGGAGAUGUAAGACAAUACGACAUUACAGACAGAGCUCAUCCAAAACUUACAGGUCAGGUUUUCGUCGGAGGUAAACUCUUCAGCGAUCCCAGCAUAAAAAUUUUGGACGACCCAGAACAUACGAAACCUCCAAAGCCAAUCUAUAUAAAGGGAAAGAGAUUCUACGGAUCAACGCAGAUGCUUCAACUGUCUCUAGACGGCAAGAGACUCUACCUCAGUAACAGCUUAUUUUCACCUUGGGAUAAACAAUUUUAUCCUGAGAUGGUUGAAAAGGGAGGAAGUAUUUUAAAAGUGAACAUUGACACAGAGAACGGUGGAAUGAAACUGGAUGAGAGUUUCUUGGUAGAUUUCGGGGAAGGCCCAGACGGGCCUCUGCUACCACAUGAAAUGAGGUAUCCAGGUGGAGACUGUACAUCGGAUAUUUGGCUAGCAGGAGAAUAACAACUUAUUCAUCAAUAUUAUUCUCAUUUGUAUUGUUUUUUUUAAUUUCUAUUCAUUUUUUUAAAUAAACCCAUAGCAUUUUACAA